AUGGAAAAGCUGUGUCUUUUUGUAAUUUUAGCAAUUAUUAGUACUGAGGCUUUAGGUAUGAGCUACAGAAAUAGGCGACAAGCUGAGGAUGCAGAAGAAGAUUUAGAAGAUAGAUAUGGAGGGAUGUUCCCUGGCGGUUUCUUUCCUCAGCGGCCAUGGCGUCCAAACCGUAACCCAAACCCUAAUCCUAUCCCUAACCAGAAUCCUAAUCAGGAUCAAAGAACAACAACAUCAACAACAACACCCAGUACAAAUCCCGCCGUAUUCACCUUGACGGCGGAGUUACGACAGUGUCGCGGAAGAUGCCCAACAACAUCUGAGUACAACCCAGUGUGUGGAACAAACAUGCAAACUUAUGAUAAUCCUAGUAGAUUAUACUGUGACCAGGCGUGUGGCGUCAACGUGAGUCAGCUCAGAUCAUCGCGCUGUCCUGCCAGUAUCGUUCCCAGU